UGUUAAUUUGUUUAUUUUAAAAGAUAUAUUGUCUACAAUAAAUAUUCUUUGUCAAAUGCUACAAGAAAAAAAUGCAACACUAGGCAAAGCAGCAAUUCUUAUCAAGGGUGUUUUGCAAACUUUUGAAAAUGGUAGAUCUACUCUUGCUUUUAAUAAUUUAUGGUUACAAAUCCAAGACUUUGCUAAAGACUACAACAUUAAUUUCAAUGUACCAUUUCAAACACAAAGAUUGAAACGAAUAAGAAGAGAACCUAAUAGACUUAAUGAUUUCGUUUUGACUACUGCUACUGGUACCGAAGAACCUAAUGAAGUUGAUAAUGCUACUGCUGAAGAUUUUUUUCGUGUAAAUGCAUACUUUAAAGUUUUAGAUUCCAUUAUUGUCAAUAUGAAGAAACGGUUUUGUACAGAAAGUUUGGAAAUGGCUGAAUCUAUUGAUAACUUUUUUAAACUGAACAUUGAAAAAAGCAAAUUCUUUAUUGACCACUAUAAGGUAUACCUAUACUAUAACUAA